AUGGCCAAGGAUACGGUCGACAGGGCUAUAACAGAGUUCCAAUUGAAGCCACACGGGCAUCAGAAACUGCCUGAUAUCAGUGGUAUUGGUAUUGACGAGACUGCGGUACCCCUGGACGGCACCUGCAGAACGGAAUCUCUGCCGCUCAUCGGCGCACAUGGUUAUCACACCACCCUGUACAUUGACCUUAUCAAGAAGUUCAACUUUGAUUCUGAUGUCGCGCAGCACCUAGCACGCUCAUACGGUGAUCGCGCAUGGGAGGUUGCUUCCUUGUCUGCAUCCUCUGCCUCCUCGUCUGCUACCUCUCCAGCGACCGUCUCCCCUACCUCGCACGCACGCCUCUCCCCUUCCUACCCAUACCUCACAGCGGAAAUCCAAUACGCCAUCAAGAACGAGUACGCAAUGACGGCCGCAGACAUCCUUGCCCGGCGCACCCGCCUGGCCUUUGUGGACACUAAUGCGGCCUUACAGGCGCUACCAGGGUUGAUAGAUCUGAUGGCCGAGGAGAUGAAAUGGAGUGACGAGAAGAAAGAGCGAGAGUGGACUGAUACAAUCCGUUUUCUUGCUUCCAUGGGAUUGCCGGCAGAUAUGAUGAGUGUGACGAGGGAGCAGGUUAUGGCGGGCAAAGUAGCUGCGAAGAUUGGUGAGGAUGCUGUGGCUAGCGACUGA